AUGAGAUAAACAUUACUCAAACUCAGAGAAGAGAUGGAUCAAUAUAUGGAGCAGAUAGAAUAGAAGACGAUGAAUAUCAAAAUGAAUAAGGUAAAUUAUAUGGAGGAAAUCAAUUAUCAAAUGGACACUCUAAAUUAUUAUCCGCCAUAUGAAUUAGCAUCCAGAUCAUAUUUGACUAGAUUGAAUUCAAGAUUGGUGCCUUGCCCAAAUCCUUCAGCUAAGAAAGUGUUUGAAUGCAAUGACGAUCAAGAUAUUGAAGAAUAAACCAAUUAAGUCCUUACUAGUUAUUAGCAUUUGAAAUUGAGACCCUAACAAGGUCUUGCAUAUUCGAUUGGCGACAGAUUGCCAUAACCAAUGAAAAAAAUCCACCAAAAAUUUGAAGAACAACCAGCAGAAAUUGAAAACUAAACUCAAGUUUUGUGCGUGUGUUUCAAGGAAUUCUAAGGGGAAAGCAACUUAGCGUAAUGGUAAAUCAUCACAGGUCAGAAAGAGAACCUCAACUUCAACAUGCGAUAGGCAAAUGACGAGCUGACAAAUUAUAGAUCCGCUUCAGGUGAUGGAUCUCUCCCAUGGGAACCCAAUUCAACAUAUUCGAGUAUAAUUCAUGAUUGA